AGGACCGUGGGAUUAUGGGAGUUGAAGUCCAGUUUUCCGGAAUCUGUUCAUGCUUUUUUUUAGCAGAGUUGCUUGGACAGGAUUGCAUUAACUUUUUUGGCGGCGGCUGCACGCUGCUGGUCUUUUGGGCAAGACCAUCAUGAGCUUAAGAGCCUGUGGCUUGAUUAUCUUCAGGAGGAUGCCCAAGGCAUGUGCUACUGCCGCAACUGACAGCCACGUUGAAUAUCUCCUUCUGCAAACCUCAUACGGGACCCAUCACUGGACACCCCCAAAAGGCCAUGUGGACCCAGGGGAAGAUGACCUGCGCACAGCCCUGCGAGAGACCCAGGAAGAGGCCGGCCUGGCCUCCACCCAGUUCAGCAUCCUGGAAGGUUUUAAGAAGGAACUGAAUUACGUGGUCAGAGGCAAACCCAAAACGGUGGUCUACUGGCUGGCUGAGUUGAAGGACCGGGACACGGAGAUCAAGCUUUCUUCAGAGCAUCAAGGCUUUCGCUGGCUGAGCCUUACUGAGGCCUGCAGACUUGCAGACUAUGAGGACAUGCAAGGCACCCUCAGAGAAGCUGAUCACUUUCUCUCUUCCAUAGAAUAAAAGCUAGCCUGGGAUG